AUGGCUGCUGGUGGUCCGGGAGAAAGGACUCUUCAAGAGACACCAACAUGGGCUGUGGCUCUUGUUUGUGCUGUUUUUGUUAUCAUUUCUGUCCUUAUAGAGCAUGCAAUUAAUUCUCUUGGAAAGCUAUUCCAUAAGCGAAAUAAGAAGGCCAUGGUUGAAGCUCUGGAGAAAAUUAAAGCUGAACUAAUGCUGCUAGGGUUUAUAUCUCUACUAUUGACUGUGGGAACACAAUAUAUUUCAAAAAUAUGCAUUCCUGCAAAGUUGGGAGAUGUGAUGCUUCCAUGUAAGUUUACAAAGGUCAGAGCAGAUGGUGGUGAUGACAGAAGAAAAUUGCUGUCUUAUGAUGCUGAAUAUGAACAGCUUAUAUGGCGUAGAGCUUUGGCAUCCACUAACAAAGAUGACUAUUGCUCCAAAUAUGGGAAAGUUCCAUUGAUUACAUAUACAGGAGUGCACCAAUUGCAUAUAUUCAUAUUUGUCCUUGCAGUGUUUCAUGUUCUCUACAGCGUUUUUACCAUCGCACUCGGAAAGGCCAAAAUGAAGAAAUGGAAGGUUUGGGAAUCGGAAACAUCCUCAUUCGAGUAUCAAUUUACAAAUGAUCCUGAGAGAUUCAGGUUUACUCGUCAAACAUCGUUUGUGAAACGCCAUUCUGGUCUUUCUAAAACACCUGGAAUUAGAUGGAUUGUGGCCUUCUUCAGACAAUUCUUUAAUUCAGUAACAAAAGUGGACUAUAUGACAAUGCGUCAUGGAUUUAUAAACGCUCAUUUUGCUCCAAAUACAAAAUUUGACUUCUGUAAGUACAUAAAGAGAUCCAUGGAAGAUGAUUUUAAAAUGGUCGUUGGUAUUAGCAUACCACUAUGGAUCUUUGCCGUUGUCUUCUUGCUUCUAAAUGUUUACAAAUGGUAUACGCUCACCUGGUUGUCAUUUGCACCGGUCAUUAUUGUUCUGUUAGUGGGUACAAAGCUUGAAUUGAUAGUGAUGGAGAUGGCCCAAGAAAUCCAAGACCGAACCACCAUUGUGAAAGGAGCUCCUAUAGUAGAGCCAAGCAACAAGUUUUUCUGGUUCAAUCGCCCCCACUGGAUUUUGCUCUUGAUACAUUUCACUUUAUUCGAAAAUGCAUUUCAAAUGGCAUAUUUCCUCUGGACAUGGUACGAGUUUGGGAUCACAUCUUGCUUCCACGAAAACUUAGCAGGAAUUCUGAUAAGAGUGUGUUUGGGGAUAGCCUUACAAUUCCUUUGCAGCUAUAUAACUUUCCCGCUCUAUUCAUUAAUAACACAAAUGGGAUCUCAUAUGAAAAAGACAAUAUUUGAGGAGCAAACAGCAAAGGCUCUAACGAAAUGGCACAAGGCUGCAAUAGCAAGAAAGAAACGAGUGAGAAAAGGCCCAAUGGACAUGAUGAGUGGCUCUUCAUCAGUAGGGUUUGGUGAUAUGAUGAUGAGUAGUGGUGAAAACACACCAAGUCAAGGUACUUCGCCACUCCAUUUGCUUCAUAGCCAUACCAAACACAAUUAUUACUACUACAACUCCUCUCAAACUCAAGAUCAAGCUCAAUCUGAAGUCGGUCUGGUCGGUUCUCCUACAAUGAUGUCCGAUGAUGUUGAUCUAUCAGAUAUUGAAAAGCCCACUCUUGCAACUCAGAUAGACAAAGAACAACCACAUCAUCAUGCCAUGGAUUUCUCCUUUGAUAAGUCUUGA